UGCCUGCUCAGUGCUCGCCGUCCCUUGCCAGUGAAAAGGACUGGACGAUUGAUUGUGGCCGGGGCGCUUACGGGCAGGUUGUGCAAUGAGAACUGCUGGCUGCACGCCUAACCCUUGAAACGUUAGAACUAUGGCGGCAGGGUUGACAUCGGCAGACUACCUGCAGGACGGCGUUGACUGGGCAAAACCACAUCGCGUACCACCUCCACCCCCUCAGACAUCACCGCCGCGAGCUGCCGUUCCCUACCCCAACGCCAACACCACUGGCGGCUUCUUCGGGCGCGCCUUGGGAGCUGUCAGCCUCGAGAGCCUGAAGGGCGCGGGACGUUCACGCGCCUGCUCUGAAACGCAUCCCGCUUCGCGAGCUGGUCCUGCCACGCGAGAGGAGGUCAACGGCGGCAUCGCCACGAGACAAAGUGAAGACGGCAGACCCCCAUCGUCGCAGAGAGCGCGGCGCGGGAGCUUCAGCUUUCUGCGGAGGACUCGAACCGACGAGCAGCACAACAGCUUGAAAGCCACCAUCACCUCACCUGCACCGGCCGCAUACUAUACGGAUGCCACGCCCUUGCCCUUGCCGUCAUCCCCGCAACAGCGCAACUACCCAUCCUUGAUUGCACAGGCGACCGAGAGACAGAGCGAAGACAGGAAAGAGAGAGCGAUGUUGCGCAAGAGCUCCCGCAUCAAAAAGGAGGAGGCCGAAAGGGCCAAGGCUGCCGCUGCCGCUGCCGCUGCUGUUCCCAAAGAACCGCCGCAAAUCAACCCAUUGACCUCACUCAACCACAUCGCAUCCUUUGGCGUGGACGAGUCGAGGCCCGACAGCGUCGCCAUCUUCAACCACGCCUACACAACCGCCGCAACCUCUGGCUCUCCGCCAUCGCAACCUCGCUCGUUCGGCACCAACUUUUCCAGACCAGGCCACAUGGCGCCCUCGUCCAACUUCGCCAACAGCUCCUCGCCAGCCUACACUUCUCGAUAUGGCCCUCCAGCCUCUUCGUCUCCGCCCGAGCACAAGUCGAGGCUCAAUGGUGGCGGCGGUAGCGGAGAUCCUCGUAGAGUGCGGAGGCGCAAGGACCCCACUCCGUUCAACAUUCUGGUCAUCGGCGCCAAGAACAGCGGCAAGACCUCCUUCAUCUCGUUUCUGAAGCAUUCGCUGGCACUUCCCGCACACAAGCAGCCGUCAACUCACUCACCAUCUUCCGAGGCGGCCGGCAAUCACUCGCCUUUCGCUUCCACCUAUCUUGAGACCGAGAUCGAGUCUGAGCGCAUUGGGGUCACUCUGUGGGAUUCUGCUGGUCUCGAGAAGAAUGUCGUCGAUCUGCAGCUUCGGGAGAUGACCGCGUUUGUGGAGUCCAAGUUCGAGGAGACUUUCGCUGAAGAGCAGAAGGUGAUGCGCACACCUGGAGCGAAGGAUACUCAUAUCCAUUGCGUCUUCCUCAUUCUGGAUCCUGUCCGCCUCGACUCUACCAUCGCCGAGUCGACAGCACAGCAGAGGAAGGGACUGCAGACUGGCUCCCUUGAUGACGAUCUCGAUCUCCAGGUCAUGCGGGCCCUCUGGGGCAAAACCACCGUCAUUCCCAUCAUCUCGAAAGCCGACACUCUCACCGUGGGCCAUAUGUCAUUCCUCAAGCGUCGCGUUUGGGAGUCCCUGAAAGGUGCCAGACUGGAUCCGCUAGAAGCACUCGAGCUGGAAGAAGAUCUUGAGGAGGAAGACGAAGAGGACAUUGAUGUUGACUCUGCCGAAGACUCCGACUCUUCCUUACCACUCCCGAAAAGUCGCAAGAGCCACAAGCGCCAAUCGUCCCUUUCGGCGAUCGCUGGCGUUCUCGACGAUGAUGAAACGCCCUACAUCCCAAUGUCGAUCAUUUCGCCUGAUCCAUACGAUCUUCCACCAUAUUUGUCGAAAGCUCGAGCACAAGACCGCGUGGGUCGUCGAUUCCCUUGGGGCUUCGCAGACCCGUACGAUGCUAAUCAUUGCGACUUUGGCCGGCUUAAAGAUUCCAUAUUCAGCGAGUGGCGUACUGAUCUGAGGGAGCUCAGUCGUUCUCGCUGGUAUGAGAAUUGGCGCACUAGCCGUCUCAAGAACUUUCCAGGAUCGAGACAGCGAGUGAAGGGUGGUGUGACGCCUGUCGCGGCUGUCCCUAAGGAGGGCAGAAUUGCAUCACAGACGUCGCAAAACUACUCGCAUCCCCAGACUGCGAAUAUGGCAGUGCCGAGAAGUGUCAGUAAUCUCAGCAGCUCUGCGGCCGGCGUCGGCAUGUCGACUCCAACUCCUGCAGCCACCAACGGCGGUCGCAGAGUGGCGUCGGGCGCCAGCGAAGGCGGAAGUGUGAGAAAUGCCACAAUGACCAGUAACACUUCAAAACGCUUCCCAUCCUAGGAGGUUUUGGACACCUUUCGUCGAGCAUCGAUUAGCUCAGCAUCGGCUCACGCAACACCAGCGCAGCGCCGUGGAGUCACUCCACGAACUAGAUGCAUGUCAAGCUGAGCUAAAGAGAGAGAGAGAGAGCAUCACUAGAAAAACCAGGAAGCAAGAAAGCAGGCUUAUCUCGAGAUUAAUGAGGAUCGAGACGAAAGCCAAGCAAGGAGAGGACGGUGCUGGAAUGCGCAUUGCACUUUGGCUGGAAGGAUGCGACUACUGAAAAAACUGGAUGGAGCUCUGUUUUUCUGUUUCUUGCUCUGUGAGCGUUGCAUGAUGAGUGCGGUUGUUUUGUUUUGUACCUUUUUUUUUGUUUGUUUGUAUUUGUGUUGUAGAUAUACCCCCUUUUCGAUCGAUGUCUGAGAGAAUGUGAUAACUUUGCACCUUAG